GUAUACAUCAAAACCUGGAACGAAGAACCACUAAAAGAGAAGUGGACUGGUCCCCAUCAGGUACUGCUAACCACCUUUACAGCAGUCAAAGUGGCUGGAGUGGAACCCUGGAUACACUACACACGUGUGAAGAAGGUCCCUCGUGGAGUCCAGUCGUGGGCUGUAGAAACUUUUGGACCAACAAAGCUGAGGCUGAAACGUCUGUAACUGUUCAAAUGGUAUUGGUAACUGUGCUCAUGCUCUUCCUGUGGGUAAUGUUAAUUUCAUGGAUACUAAUGUCACCAGUAGGGAUUGCUGUUACUUUGGGAUAUGGGAUACAGAAGGGUCAACUAACAACUCUUCAUUCUAGAAUGAAGAGAGAGAUACAGGCCACCACCAAAAUGACCCUGCAAAAUCGUUUGGCUUUAGAUAUGUUACUUUUGAAAGAACACGGAGUGUGUGGAUAUUUAAAGGGACAAAUCGACCAUUGUUGCAUCCACAUCCCAAAUGUAACUGCAGAUGUAGAACAUGACAUCAGUCAGUUAAAACAAAUAGAGCAUGAGGCACAAAAGGAACAAAAGGAUUUAGCUACUAGCUGGUUGGGUAAAAUCUUUGAAGGAUUAGGAUGGAAUGUGAGUUCAUGGAUAAAGUCUAUCCUUGAAAAUCUGAUAAUUUUACUGAUUAUAUUUUUAGUAAUUUGGUUAGUUUACAGAAUCCUGAAGAGAGAGAUACAGAAAAAGGCAUCUUGGAACAGGACCAUAAUGAAGGCAUUGGCACGGAACCCAGCACCUUCAAUCCGCAACAACAUCCCGGACAAAGCCUAUGACAACAGAGGAUUUGAAGAUGAACAUCCAGUAUGAACUCUGAAGCCUAAUGGACUGUAUUAAGUGAAAGCAUUUACACUUAGUAUAUUAGAGUGAAAAUACUUUCAAAGGGGGGAAUGUUGGUGGAGGGUUAAAAAAUGUAAUUUCUGGAUUGAGUAAUGUGUAGGGGGAGGAAAGUAGAGAACGUACAACUGGAACUUGACGCAGCUAGCUUGGAACAAGCGUCAGCUUCUGUAAACAGCUCCAUGCUAUUGUUUUAACCAAAUCAAGUGUGGAUCAGGGUAGAAGCGUAGGUAUGAUUUAAGAUAGUAACUAAGGAAUAGGAUAAUCAGUAUCUAGGGGUGGGGGUUAGUUAACGUGUAUAAUUUAAACUAUAAAAAUCACGAAUCGACUCUGUAUCCUUUGG